AUUUGUGAUAAAGAAUGGCAUUACUACGUUGUCAAUGUUGAGUUUCCUGUUGUUACCUUAUACAUGGAUGGAACAACAUAUGAACCUUACCUUGUGACCAAUGAUUGGCCUAUCCACCCUUCACACAUAGCCAUGCAGCUGACAGUUGGUGCUUGUUGGCAAGGAGGUGAAGUCACCAAGCCCAGAUUUGCUCAGUAUUUCCAUGGCAGCCUGGCCAGUCUUACUAUCCGGCCAGGCAAAAUUGAGAGUCAGAAAGUGAUUUCCUGUUUGCAAGCCUGCAAGGAAGGUCUGGAUAUUAAUUCUCUUGAGAGUCUUGGCCAAGGAAUAAAGUAUCACUUCAACCCUUCCCAGUCAGUCCUUGUCAUGGAAGGAGAUGACAUUGAGAAUAUAAAUCAAGCUCUCCGAAAGGUCUCAUACAUCAACUCUAGACAGUUUCCUACUGCAGGCGUACGACGUCUCAAAAUCUCAUCUAAAGUCCAAUGUUUUGGUGAAGAUGUCUGCAUUAGUAUCCCAGAUAUAGAUGCGUAUGUAAUGGUGUUUCAGGCCAAUGAGCCCAGGAUUACAAUAAGUGGGAUGGACCACUUUGCUAGACCAGCUGCACAAUUUGAAAGUGAAAGAGGUGUUAUUUUGUUACCUGACAUCAGGAUUGUCAGCACAGUCACUAAAGUGGAGCAUCCAGUGGACUUAAAAGAACAUGACAGAGCCAAUAAGCCAGUGGUUUUAGAGGAAAUGCUUCACAACUUGGAUUUCUGUGACAUCUUGGUCAUUGGCACAGAACUAGAGCCUGAGCAAGAAUGUUUGGAACUAGAUCACGUGGAGCUUCAAGGCAAACACCUAGAUGCCACAAAUUCUACAGCAGGAUAUUCAAUCUAUGGUGUGGACAGCAUGCACAACUAUGAACAGGUUCUUCGGCAGAUUCGCUAUCGUAACUGGUACACUUCUGCCACCUUUGACAGGAAGUUCAGAGUCAAGUGCUCAGAGCUAAAUGGACGUUACACCAGCAAUGAAUUUAACUUGGAGGUUAAUAUUCUACACAGCUCCAACACCAACUUCAUGGACCACGUAAAUCAUAUGAUAGUACAACCACAAUUUCUCCAAUCUGUCCACCACCCAGAAGGAACCAUAAGUGCUCUUCACAACUCAGUUAUUCCAAGUGUGGCUACUAUCGUUAUCAUAAUCUGUGUGAGCAUACUCAUUUUCAUCAUAACCUUGGGGGUCUAUCGGAUUCGGACAGCUCAUCAGCACAGCUCUGCAGACAACGAAGGAAGUAAAGAAAAUGAAAUGGAUUGGGAUGAUUCUGCUCUGACUAUUACCGUCAACCCCAUGGAGAAAUACGAAAAGCCUCACCAGACAGAAGAGGAGAGUGAGGAGGAAGAUGAUGACAUAGAAGAUGAAGAAGAUGACACUACCAGUCCUGAAUCAGACGAAAGUGAGGAGGAGGAGGAGGAGGAGGAGGAGGAAGAGGAAGUGAUUGUCCAAAAGGGAGACAAACAGAAUGCCACCAGGCAAGAGCAGUUGGAGUGGGAUGAUUCAACACUCCCAUACUAA